AUGGGGGACCCAAGCCAGCCCCCUCACCCUCGGCCCCUCCACGGCAGCCCCCCGACUCUGAGCACUGUCACCCUCCUGCUCCUCCUCUGUGGACACGCCCACUCGCAGUGCAAGAUUCUCCGCUGCAACGCCGAGUACGUGUCGUCCACGCUGAGCCUCCGAGGCGCGGGCUCGCCGGGCGGGCUGCGGGGCGGCGGCCUGUGCCGCGCGCUCCGCUCCUACGAGCUGUGCACUCGGCGUACGGCGCGCACCGACCUGGCCUUCCACUCGGCGGUGCAUGGCAUCGAGGACCUCAUGAUCCAGCACAACUGCUCCCGCCGCGGCCCCACCGCGCCGCCCCCGCCGCCGCGCAGCGCGCCGCCGGGAUCCCCAGCCCCGGACCCCUGCGACUACGAGGCCCGCUUCUUGCGGAUGCACGGGCGGCGCCCCGGCUUCCUGCACUGCGCCUCCUUUGGGGACCCGCACGUGCGCAGCUUCCACCACCACUUCCACACCUGCCGCGUGCAGGGCGCCUGGCCGCUCCUCGACAACAACUUCCUCUUCGUGCAGGCCACCAGCGCCCCCGUGGCGUCGGGGGCCAAGGCCACGGCCACCCGCAAGCUCACCAUCAUCUUUAAGAACAUGCAGGAGUGCAUCGAUCAGAAGGUGUACCGGGCCGAGGUGGACAACCUGCCCGCGGCCUUCGAGGACGGCUCGGUCAACGGCGGCUACCGGCCGGGGGGCUCGAGUCUGUCCAUUCAGACGGCUAACCCCGGGAACCACGUGGAGAUCCGGGCUGCUUACAUCGGCACGACCAUCGUUGUCCGGCAGACGGCCGGCCAGUUGUCGUUCUCCAUCCGGGUGGCGGAGGACGUGGCCCGGGCCUUCUCGGCCGAGCAGGACCUGCAGCUGUGCGUGGCCGGGUGCCCACCCAGCCAGCGCCUCUCGCGCUCCGAGCGCAACCGUCGGGGUGCCAUCCCCGUCGACGCGGCCCGACGACUGUGCAAACAGGGGCUCCCCGUGGAAGAUGCCUAUUUCCAGUCCUGUGUUUUCGAUGUGUUCAUUUCCGGUGACCCCAAUUUCACCAUGCCAGCCCGGACAGCCUUAGAGGACGCGCGGGCCUUCUUGCCCGAUCUGGAGAAGUUACACCUCUUCCCCUCGGAUGCGGGGGUUCCUCGCUCCCCUGCCAACCCCCUAUGUCCACUUCUUGCAGGGCUCUUUUUCCUGUGGCUUUGCAUUCACUAA